AUGGUAUGGGAUGCUGAUAUCAUAUUUGAGUUUCCUGCAUUACUGGAAUUUACUGGGAAUAGUGGUAUAAAUUCUGAGGAUAAAGAAGGUACUGAAUUAAUUAGAGAUGAUGAUAGCAAGAAAUACUAUUAUAAUACGGAAGGAUAUGAUCAACUUCAAGAAAAACACGACGAACUGAAACGAAAGUUCUUCGAACUUAAUAAAGAACUGGAAGAUAAGAAAAAACAACCGAGAUUAUGUGAUGAUGAUGAUGGACUUGAUGGAAAGACUAUUAAGAUUUUGAAAGCACUUAGUAAAGUCAAGGAAAAAUUGAAUGAUAAGGCUUAUUAUGAUAGUAUUUACGUCCCUGCUUUUGAAUAUUUCAAGAAACCGGAUCAAAAAGAUUAUAAGUUGGCUGCCGGCAUAUUUGCUCUUAGAUGGGAAGGAGAAAGGGCGCAACUUAAUCCAUCUGUUAAAAACACAUUCGGAAGAAUUCGAUCAACAAGUUAA